GAUUUGACGUAUCUACUUGACAGAUUUUUAUACCGGUGACUUUGUUUACAUUAAAAUUUUGUAUUUAAUAGUAAUUCAAACAAAGGACAACAGCACAAUAUAUACAUAAAUUUUUAAAACAAUGAAAGCGCUUAUUCAACGUGUAAUUAAUGCAAAUGUGACAGUAAAUGGAGAAUUAAUUAGUAAUAUAGGUCAAGGACUGUGUGUGUUUAUCGGAAUUUCUCACAAUGAUACACCGAAAGAUAUGGAGUUUAUGGUUCGCAAAUUAUUAUCCAUUAAGUUGUUCAAUGAUGAAAGUGAUAAAAAAUGGAAGAAGAGUGUAGUUGAUGCUGAUUUGGAGUUACUAUGUGUCAGUCAAUUUACAUUAUAUAAUACAUGGAAGGGAAAUAAGCCAGAUUUUCAUCUUGCAAUGCCAGGCGACAAGUCAAAAGAAUUUUAUGAGCAGUUCAUCCAAAUGCUUAGGAGUCAAUACAAGCCUGAUAAAGUAAAAGAUGGAGUGUUUGGAGCCUAUAUGCAGGUUUCAAUACAAAACGACGGGCCUGUUACGUUAGAAUUAGAAUCUCCCGUAAACAGUGGAAAAAUAAAAAAUAAAAAUGAAUCUAAUGAAAACGUUCCUUUACAAGCAGAACAAACAUUGGUUGCGUGAAUAAUGUUCGUUAUGUUGCAUUAGUUCGUAAUUUAAUUAAUGAAAUUGUGUAAAUAUUAAUAACUAAGAUGUUUUAUAGUUGUAAAUUGUACGAAUUUAAUAUUGAC